CAUCGCGUUCACACUUCCGCACACGCUUCCUCUCUCCCUCUAUAAAAAUCCCCCCAAACCCUUCAAACGCUAAAUCUCAUGCUUUCAUAAAAAAACAAUCUCCAUAACCAAACACACCACAUGGAAAUCAGCCAAAUCCCGUUUUUCACCCAAGAGGACUACUCUCACUUCUACAACCUCUACGAAGACACAGACUCUAACAACAGUCUCAACAAUAACAACAGCAACAACAAGAGAAAGCGUAACAACAGAAAAGAAGAAGGUAGUGGUGGAGGUGCAGAACAAAAAGGGCAUAAUGGUAAUAAUAAUAACGAGAACAGUGAAAGUAACUUGAAGGACUUACUUGCUUCGCUGAUUAUGUUAGACGAGGAAGAAAUUCAAGAGGAACGGAACAGAAAAGUUGAGUACGAACAGCAUCGCAACAUGUACAACGCCAACUUCGAGAACCAGACCCGGGCCAUGAACACCUACAAGGCCCAAUUCGAGGCCCAUUACGCGCAGUCAGAAGAGUUCGAACAAACAAUAACCAAAAAAGCUCGUCGCGCGGUUGCUGCUGCUACAGGAACUGGUUCGGUUAUGUUAUAUGAAUCCGGUUCGGUUCAGGUUCAACCUCGAACCGAUUCGGAACCCGGUUCGACGGUUCAGAGGAGACUAUGGGUGAAGGACCGGUCGAAGGACUGGUGGGAGAAGAUCAGCCGGAAGGACUUCCCGGAGGAGGAGUUCCGGCGGUGGUUCCGGAUGAGCAGAAGCACGUUCGACAUGAUCUGCGACGAGCUCGACGCGGCGGUGACGAAGAAAAACACGAUGCUCCGCGACGCGAUCCCGGUGCGGCAGCGCGUGGCCGUCUGCAUCUGGCGGCUCGCCACCGGCGAUCCGCUCCGGCUAGUCUCAAAGCGCUUCGGGUUAGGAAUCUCCACGUGUCACAAGCUCGUCCUCGAAGUCUGCUCCGCUAUACGCACCGUUCUGAUGCCGAAGUUCCUGCAAUGGCCGAACGAGGAAAAAACGAAGCAAAUCAAAGACGAGUUCGAGAAAAUCUCAGGAAUACCUAACGUAGGAGGAGCAAUGUACACAACGCACGUUCCAAUAAUCGCUCCGAAAAUCAGCGUCUCCGCGUAUUUCAACAAGCGCCACACGGAGCGUAACCAGAAGACGAGUUAUUCGAUAACGGUUCAAGGCGUGGUUGAUUCAAAAGGCGUUUUCAAUGACGUGUGCAUCGGUUGGCCAGGUUCGAUGCCGGACGAUCGCGUUCUGGAGAAAAGCGCGUUGUUCCAGAGAGCGAGCAGAGGGAACUUAAAGGGCGUUUGGAUCGUUGGAAAUUCAGGCCAUCCGCUUAUGGACUGGGUUCUAGUGCCGUACACGCACGCGAAUCUGACGUGGACGCAGCACGCGUUUAAUGAGAAGAUUGAAGAGAUUCAAGGCGUAGCCAAAGAGGCCUUUGCGAGAUUGAAGGGGCGGUGGGGGUGUCUGCAGAAGAGAACUGAAGUGAAGCUUCAGGACUUGCCCGUUGUGCUUGGCGCGUGUUGCGUUUUGCAUAAUAUUUGUGAGAUGAGGAAUGAAGAAAUGGAUGAUGAGUGGAGGUUUCAGAUUUUCGAUGAUGAGAUGCUGCCGGAAAAUGGAAUACGAUCUUCUGCUUCCCUUCAGGCCAGGGAUCAUAUUGCGCACUAUUUGUUGCACCAUGGGAGGGCUGGGACUGGCUUUUUCUAGUCUUCUAGGUUCUUCUUUUCGGGUUUUCUUGCUUUUUUUAGAACUUUACUACUAUCUCAUUCUUUUUCGCUAUGUCACGUUGAAUAACUAGAGAUUAACUGGAUUGCAUAGAUUGAAAUAUGGUCAUUUGUAUACAACAACUAUUGAUUGUAUAGAGAAUUUUUGUCUGAUGAGAAAUGGAAUUAAAUCAAUUAUGUUCGAGCCAUGGUUGGAAUAUUAAAUG